AUGGAGUAUCCUUCAAACGUGAUACUACUUCUGCUCCAGCUUCUACUUCAGCGGCAACAGACCCUGGCACACCACGACAAGUCCCUAGACCUCACCCAACUUCUUAGAGAGCCGAUUAUUGACAAAGAAGUUUUGGCUCAGUUCCAGAACCACAAACUCGUCAAAAUGUACUCACCAGAGCUGUGCAACUUGCACCUCAGAGCUCUCAGAGGUCUGGUUACCGAUCUGUUCACAUAUGGCAUCCCUGGCGCCGAGGGCCUCGACGCACAAGAGACCAACGUUAUAACGCUCGCGAACUAUUACUACAACAAAAGGUUAGCGGAACUGACGCUGACACAGCUCCCCGAACUACGCCAGGAGAUCAAGAGCCUGCUGCCAGAAUGA